AUGGAUAAGAGAUCCCUUACCGAUUUGUUUAAUUCAUAUCAAAAAUGGGUCAUUAGUAACCCCAAUCUUGUGACUGACGUGGAGACGGUAGCUACAUGGUCUUCUUAUUUCAUUGCAGGCAAGAUUAAUAAGUCACCAAUUGUAUCAGAAUUAGUUUAUGCUCUUUCAAAACUAUUAUCCUUAUUUAACGAUAAGAUUAUAAAAGAUGCGUAUGGCAAUGAAGCUCCUCGCUACAGUUUACAAGAGCAAAUCAAACUAUGGCUAACAAUAACUCAUUAUUGUGAAGUGUUUGUUGAGCUUACAGUUAAGUCCAAGUGGGGAAAUAGAGGUAAAUGGACUGCAGCAACUGUACUACAGCUUUUUAAGUUCUCAUCAGCAUUGGUGUUGUUAUAUAAAUUCAAAGAUAUUCCAAUACAACAUCCGCCAAUACCAAAUUUACAAAGAAAGAAGAUUACCGAAGAAACUGAUCCGGUUGAAACUUCCGAAGCAUUUUUCACUUUACGCAGAUCAGGUAGAGUCAUACGCCGUGUAGAAGGUGCUCCACCUGUAAAACUACGUGAUUGGCAGCCAAUUAAAAUAAAGGAUGAUAGCAUCUAUCUUACCUCCGAAAUUAAGGAACUUAAAAAUGCUGAACUGUUGCAUAUUGCUAAGCCAAUAAUUCAUUUAGCUGCAAUGCAGGUAUUUGGGACAAAAUCAUGGAAGCAAUGGUUAGUUGCUCUUGGCUUAGAUAUUGCAAGUCUAAGGUUAUACAAUAAGCACAUGGAUGAUAUAAGUUAUGACCAGAGAUUAGAAAUAAGUAGACGAAAGCUUAGUCUAGUUUUGUACUUAUUGAGGAGUCCCAUGUAUAAUGGUUUUUCCAAAAAUGCUAUUGAAACUUUCCUUGAAUCGGUUGCAAAUAAAAUGCCAGUUAUGUCAUUUGUAUGCGGACCUAUCCUGCAGUACUUGAAUCAUUGGCAAGAUAUAUAUUUUUAUAUGUGGGCAAUGUAA